AUGGACGGGUCCCUUCGCCUGCACCCACCAGUUCCUUUCGUCGCUCGGAAUAUAGAUGAAUACGUACACAUCGGCCAAAGGUUUGCCCAACUGGAGGAGAAAAUUAUAUUGGCCCACAUCCUGAGAAACUUCAGUGUGGAAUCUCUGGUACCCAUGGAUGAGCUUCAGCUGCAACAAGAAAUAGUAUAUUAA